AUGAAGUGGCUUGGAAUCCUAGGGCUGGUGACCCUCUCAGAGUGCCUAGUCACAAUCCCUCUAACGAAGACCAAGACCAUGCGAGAAAUCCUCAGGGAGAAAAACCUUCUGACAAAUUUCCUGGAGAACACUGAUGACCCAUCCCAGAAUGCCACUGAUGACCCGAAUAUUUUUCUUCACCCCCUGAGGAACUACAUGGAUCUGUCCUAUGUUGGCAACAUCACCAUUGGAACACCCCCUCAAGAGUUCCGGGUCGUCUUUGACACCGGCUCAUCUGACUUGUGGGUGUCCUCCAUCAACUGCUCCACUCCCUCCUGCUGUGCACGUAAGCUCUUCGACCCUCAUUCAUCCAGCACAUUCCAGUCCUCAAGCCGGCCCAUCAAAAUCAAAUACGGCUCUGGGAUGGUGAUUGGAUUCCGUGGCUAUGACACAGUUCGGAUUGGGAAACUCAUCGACCUGCGCCAGGCAUUUGGCCUAAUCAAUAAACAGAUUGGCUUGGAUCAUGUAAACUUUGAUGGCGUCCUGGGCCUUGGGAAUUCCCUCCUUGCCCACCAAGGGAUCACCCCUGUCUUUGACAACCUGAAGAAACAGGGUAUCAUUUCUCAGCCUGUCUUUGCCUUCUACUUCAGCACUGGGAAGGAGAAUGGCAGCGUGGUGAUGUUUGGUGGGGUGGACCACAGCUACCACAAAGGACAGCUCAAGUGGAUACCAGUGUCCCACACCCUCUACUGGCAGAUAUCCAUGCACCGCAUCACCCUGAAUGGGGUGGUUGUUGCUUGUCUCCACGGCUGCCAGGCCAUUUUGAAUACCGGAACUACAUACCUUCUUGGCCCAAGUACAGUGGUCAAUACCAUCCAGAAGCGCAUCACCGCCAGGCUUGUCAGUCAAGAGUACAUGGUUCCAUGUAACGAUAUCACAAAACUGCCUAGUUUCAUCUUCACCAUCAAUGGAAAUGAUUACCCAGUGCCCGCUCAAGCCUACACCUGGAAGGGUCCCCAGGGCACCUGUUUCAGCAACUUUAAAGGGGGCACAGAGAAGUGGAGCUCACUUGAGACCUGGAUGCUGGGUGAUGCUUUCCUGAGGCUGUAUUUCUCUGUUUAUGAUCGGGGAAACAAGAGGAUUGGCUUGGCUCCUGCAGUGUAA